UUUAGUCAAAUAGAUUAUACCACUGACAGGUCAUUAAUUGUAAUUUUUCACUCACUGAUUAGACAGCAAAACUACGUACAUUCAACUAUACGUGUGCGAACAGUUCGGUCCAUUCUCCUGUACCAUAUUUACUUCGGUUCUUGUAUCAUUUCUGGAUUCAUCAUGUUGUCCACUAGGCCUAUUCUCCUUCUUCUGUUGAUUGCAGUCUUCUCUGUAAAUGCAUUAUUCAGCCCGAAUAGCUGGUUCUUCGGAGUCGACCGUGCAUCGCAAAAAGGCCAAGCGAGUACUACAGUAGUCCAAGGGCAAGCCAGCUUUCCUCUACUCCGCGGCAACGACGGUCGUAGUCUGAACGCCAACGUACACGGAACUCAAAUGUUUUCAGGUCCCUACAGCGCUCAGGCUGUAGGCGGAGGUCUGCGAUAUCAACAGAACGGACUGUAUGCCGGCGUCGGCACCACCAACGUACGUGGUGUAGGAAACGGCUUUACCGCUACUGCCGGUGGAACCCGCGGAGUAGGUCCGGGCAAUCUGUCCAUGAACGUUGAAGCUACUACCAGUCCGGGCUCUUCUGGAGUGCAGGCAAAGAUCGGUGCCAAAUACGAGAUGCAAUUUUAAACACCCAGAUCGAUACUGUAUAGACGUAUAAAUAAAUAUUACUUUAUUAUUGUA